AUGGUCGCGAUCAAGGUGGACAUGUGCUUAAGCUGGGUACUACUUGCUCAACAUCCGCUAUCCGCGGGAGGCGUACCGGACUCAGGUGGGGGCUGCUCGAUCCAGCGCGGGGAAGUGGGGAGGGAGGCGGAGAAGUGGAGGACGGAUUCGAAGACGUCGGGACUUCGCCCGAUUGUGCGAGCCUGACGACAAGAUAGCGCCACCCACGGAGUAAUAUUUCGGCAAAUGCCAGACGCCGCUGCUCAGGACGUCGUCAGUGUCAAUGGAGAAGACGACGCAGGAGCAGCUUCUUUUCCAAGACCUCGCAGACCAGGCGCGCGUCGCUCCCCCAACUAAGACCACUACAAUGCUGUCUCCGGUCCAUUUCUUUUCCCAUGGCUCCACGAUGAUGCUGGGUGAGGAGUCCGAGUCCGCGAGCUACUGGAAGCAAUGUGGCGACGACGCUCUCGCCCAUGGUGUCAAAGGAAUUGUCAUGAUGGGCGCCCACUGGGCAUGUGUAGGUCAGGACAAAAUCGAAAUCUCCAUGAAUCCCAAACCUGGCAAGUCACCUGUCGCCUACGUCCACCCUUCCAAGUACAUCGAUUACGAGCUAGUACCGGAUCUGGACAGCGGUGAGAAAUGCAUCCGGCUACUUACUGAUGCUGGCUUCGGUGUGAAUGCGAACGACAAGUUUGACUGGAUCCACGACACAUAUCUGAUCCUUAUUCGCAUGUUCCCGGAGCGUUGUCCGCCAACGACAAUCAUCUCAAUGAAUGCCAAUUUUGAUCCGCAUCUACACAUGCAAGUUGGCGCAGCUUUACGGCCUUUGCGGGAGCAAGGAUACCUGAUCAUUGGCUCAGGAGGCGCUGUGCACAACCUUUACCGCAAUGUCUGGGGUCCAAUGUUACGAUACAGCGACAACUUUGCUCAAGAGUGUGCCCCCGGCGAUUGGGCGAUGGACUUUCGGCAGGCUGUGGAAGACGCUUUCUGCAACAACAGCGGCCCACAUUUACGCCGUGCAGUCACCCGCCUCAUGAAACAUCCCACGUACCGCGACGCACACGCAACAGACGACCAUUUUAUGGCUGCUACGUUCGUGGCAGGUGCAGCAGGUAGUGAAGACGACAGUGGAAUCUAUGCCGAGCUCAAGGCUGAGACGUGGGAACUGACGAACAUGUGCAACUCACAAUUCAGUAUCGGACGGUGGGUAUCUGCGACUUAAUCAAUCGAACCUGAUAAUCAAAUUCGUCUCGUG